CUAUACCCCGAGACUGACCAGUUCCCUAGCCUUCUCGCAGACCGGGCAAGUGCAACUUCACCCACCACUCUAUCUGCCCGCCCUUACCUAGGUUCCACUAUGUCCACAGAUGAACUAGUCCUUUCCAAGCCCACAGAUGUUUUCUCCCAAACAACACAGACAGAGAGGAACUUGAGAAGGAUGAGACUCGAACGUGGGCUCGCCCACCCACACACCUACGUUUCAGCCAGUCCUUUCUCUCUGCCCGUGGCUGGGCCGCUGUCCGAGCCCCGCCUCUAGGGUUCGCACGCGGCCCCCGCCUGACCCGGCGCCCAGGGGCGGAGUAGGGCGGGGCGGGCGGCAAACGCAGCACUUUCACGGCUUUGACAAGCCCGCAGCGGCCGGGCUGGAACGCUGAGCCCGGCCGAGACUGCGCCAUGCAGGAAGCGCCAGCUGCGCUGCCCACGGAGCCAGGCCCCAGCCCGGUACCUGCCUUCCUCGGCAAGCUAUGGGCGCUGGUAGGCGACCCAGGCACCGACCACCUCAUCCGCUGGAGCCCGAGUGGCACCAGCUUCCUCGUAAGUGAUCAGAGCCGCUUCGCCAAGGAAGUACUGCCCCAGUAUUUCAAGCACAGCAAUAUGGCGAGCUUUGUUCGUCAACUCAACAUGUAUGGUUUUCGGAAGGUGGUGAGCAUCGAGCAAGGUGGCCUGCUAAGACCAGAGCGUGACCACGUUGAGUUUCAGCAUCCGAGCUUCGUGCGAGGCUGUGAGCAGCUACUGGAGCGCGUGCGCCGCAAGGUACCUGCGCUGCGAGGUGAUGACACUCGAUGGCGUCCUGAAGACCUGGGCCGACUGCUGGGAGAGGUGCAAGCUUUGAGGGGAGUGCAGGAGAGCACGGAGGCACGGCUGCAGGAACUCAGGCAGCAGAACGAGAUCUUGUGGCGAGAGGUGGUGACGCUGCGGCAGAGCCACAGUCAGCAGCACCGGGUCAUCGGCAAGCUAAUCCAGUGCCUGUUUGGGCCACUUCAGACAGGGCCCAGCAGUACAGGAGCCAAGAGAAAGCUGUCCCUAAUGCUAGAUGAGGGGAGUGCAUGUUCAGCAUCUGCCAAAUUCAAUGCCUGCCCUGUGUCUGGUGCUCUGCUCCAGGACCCCUACUUUAUCCAGUCGCCCCUCCCAGAGACCACCGUGGGCCUCAGCCCUCACAGGGCCAGAGGGCCUAUCAUCUCUGACAUCCCAGAAGACUGCCCAUCUCCUGAAGGACACAGGCUUUCUCCCUCCAGUGCUGGCAGGAGGGUGAAGGGCCUGGCACUGCUCAAAGAAGAGCCGGCCAGUCCAGGGGGGGAUGGCGAGGCCGGGCUGGCCCUGGCCCCAAACGAGUGUGACUUCUGCGUGACAGCACCCCCACCGCUGCCCGUGGCUGUGGUGCAGGCCAUCCUGGAAGGGAAAGGGAGCUUCAGCCCUGAGGGGCCCAGGAGCAUACAACAGCCUGAACCAAGGGGCCCCAGGGAGGUACCUGACAGGGGAACUCUGGGCCUGGAUCGCGGUAACCGGAGCCCAGAGAGUCUGCUGCCCCCCGUGCUGCUUCGGCCUCCCCCUGAAACUGUGGAGCCCAUGGAUGCGCUGGGUCCUAGCCUGCAUGGACGAGAAUGGACCUUGAUGGAUCUGGACAUGGAGUUGUCUCUGAUGCAGCCUUUGGCUCCAGAGAGGGCUGAAGCUGAGCUGACAGUCAAGGACUUGACUUCUUCAGGUGUAGGUAAUGAUGGGAAAGACCACACGCUGGGAACCCCACUCAUGCUAGAUGUUCAGGCGGAUUUGGAGGGUGCAGCACUAUCGGUGCCUGGGGCUUUAACCCUGUACAAUGCCACCGAGAGCAAUGCUUCCUACUUGGAUCCUGGAGCCAGUCCCUCCUCUCCCUGAGAUCUGCACCCCUCUGAAAAAGCCUGGCUAAGGAGCCAGCACGCAACAGCACACCCCUUUAGGCUUCCUGGCGCCCCCGCCCCCGCCCUGGGAGGUGAGCGAAGCCCUCCUAUAUGUGACAGCCUCUCUCCACUACCCCAGUGAACCCUGCAACAUAAACUGCAUUCCCUACUCUGUUUCUGUCUCUCUCUCUCUCUUUUUUUUUUUUUCCUACCAACCAAAGAUCACUAGAGUCGCGGGUGGGUGACGAUUUUGCGUUUAUACAAGUGUUCAGAUGUUCGGACUUAGAAACGUCUAUACGCGCUCGGAUUUUCAUGGAAGACCCCUCUCCCUGGUACUUGGAGAGCCAGUGCUAACUCUCCCACUUGCACUGAGAUGUCGGCCUGGCGCUGGCCAAUGUAACCUCCAAGAAGCAGGCAUUUCUGUGCCACAUCCAGCUCCUCAAUACACGUGUCUCUGAUUCUGGGCAAGUCGGCUCCUUUCUCUAAACUUUAUCUGUGACAGGCGGAGGGAAGAGUCCUGGAAGGGUAAAUUAAAAGCACCUAGCAAUUAGAAAGUUGAGAGAGGGCUGGACAAGUGAGACAAGUGUACCAACCCCCUGACUCAAAUCCGGGUACUUUGGGACGGGAAAGACUAGCGGACUAUGUGUCCGCCCCUGCCAGUACGUGGCCUCCACCACUAGCGUCCAAAUUCGCAGAGCCAGUGAAGCAUGCCCUUCCCCCCACCCCAUUCCCAGCAGCCCUGGCUGCCCCGCCCCUGUUACAGCUGUUGUUCGGCAUACCCACCCCACUCGCUCGGCCCUUUCUGCACUGUCAUCUGCCCCGGUGAGGCUCAACUCCGGAGUGGGGCCAUCUGAAACGCUCCGGACCACAAGCCCGGCUCCACCCAGCAGGGAGGGAAAGGAAACAGAUUGGGCAGAAUCCUGGGCCUCUCACCACCAGCACCGGAGCUCGAAGCCCAAAUGGGUAACAUGCAGGAGCGCCCAUCGGAGACCAUUGACCGGGAACGGAAACGGCUGGUAGAAACAUUGCAGGCUGACUCUGGGUUGCUGCUGGACGCGCUGGUGGCCCGGGGCGUCCUCACUGGGCCUGAGUAUGAAGCCUUGGAUGCGCUGCCUGAUGCAGAGCGCAGGGUGCGCCGCCUACUGCUGUUGGUGCAGAGCAAGGGCGAGGCAGCCUGCCAGGAACUACUGCGCUGUGCCCAGCAAACUGUGAGCAUGCCAGACCCGGCCUGGGAUUGGCAGCACGUUGGGCCUGGUGAGCACCAGGAGGGUGGAGCCUUGAUGAAUUGAGGGGCGUGGAUUAGGGGCGGGGCGAAGCAAAGGGUAAGGGAGAGCAGAGAAUGUAGAGGUAACUAACCACAGAGGGGAGAACCACUUCCUUCCUUCCCAGGCUACCGGGACCGCAGCUAUGACCCUCCAUGCCCAGGCCACUGGACGCCAGAGGCACCCAGUUCAGGGACCACAUGUCCUGGGCUGCCCAGAGCUUCAGAGGAAGAGGAGAUCGGAGGUCCUGAGGACUCUGAGGCAGUACAGCCUCGAACACCAGAGGAGCCAGAACUAGAAGCUGAAGCUACUAAAGGGGAUGAGCCAGACCUGGAACAAGAAAUGGAACCAGAACCAGAGCCAGAGGUAGAACCGGAGCCAGAGCCGGAGCCGGAGCCGGAGCCGGAGCCGGAGCCGGAGCCGGAGCCGGAGCCGGAGCCAGAGGCAGAGCCUGACUUCCAAGAAGGGGAUGAGUCUGAAGGUUGUGAGAACACCUAAACCCUAGCUUGCAGGCUUGUUAGAAAUUGUGGACUGGGAAGUAGGGGUUGAUCCCCACUCCACUGACCAUCAUUUUCAUCUCUAGAUUCUUGAAGGCCAGAAUAUCCUUACCUGUCCAAAUCUGAUUCAAGCUGGAUAAGAUCUGGAAACCUGCCAGAACUGGACCAAGUCAAUGCAGCAAGACUCCAUUUACUGCCAAAUGAGUAAACUCGGGAGGGUUAGCCUGGACCUGAUUCUUCACAACUCAGGCUCUUUACUCAAGAAUGGUCUGAAUCCCACUGACCUGAGCAGGCUUGUGUGAAAAAUACCAUCCCCCCCACCAACAGUAUUCCACUCCCAAAGUAGCCCAAGCUGUAUUUCUAGAGAUCUUAGAUUCAGGCCCCUAAAUCAGACCCUCUUCCACUCCCUUUUUCCCCCCUCAGGGGCCAUUUGGGAGCCCAAGUGGGCAACACUUCUACACCAUGGAAACGACUAGACUUAAGAGUAUCAAGCAAGUGAAGGUGGCUGGCUGUCCAUCCACACACAGAGAGAAGUCUUGGAGCUCACAGUCUUGAAGGGGGGACCUGAGAGAAAACUGGAGUAGACAGAAGCCACACGCAUCAUUGUAACUGCUCUUUAAUUGUCUGGCCUUCCUCUGAACUGGGAGCUCCGUGUGGGGUGUGGGGUCUAACCAGUCACAGACAUACACAAGGAGCUCUGUACAUUAUCUACUAAGCAAAUGAAUAAAAACUUCCCAGCUGUGUUUCCAAGCUUUCA